AUGACCCAAGUAUACUUUGACAUUUCUGCUAACGGCUCCAAAUUAGGAAGAGUCACCUUCCAAUUGUACGAUGAUGUCGUUCCUAAGACCACUGAAAACUUCAGAGCUUUGUGUACUGGUGAAAAAGGUUUCGGUUACGCCCAAUCUUCUUUCCACAGAGUAAUCCCUCAAUUCAUGUUGCAAGGAGGUGAUUUCACCAGAGGUAACGGUACUGGUGGUAAGUCGAUCUACGGUGAGAAGUUUGCCGAUGAGAACUUUUCCAAAAAGCACACCAAGCCAGGUUUGUUGUCGAUGGCCAAUGCUGGUCCUAACACCAACGGAUCGCAAUUUUUCAUCACCACUGUUCCUUGCCCAUGGUUGGACGGCAAACACGUUGUGUUUGGUGAGGUUGUUGACGGUUACGACGUUGUCAAGAAGGUUGAGUCUUACGGUUCUGACUCUGGUGCUACCAAGGCCAAGGUUGUGAUUGACGCUUCUGGACAAUUGUAA